AAGACAUACACAUUUACACACACACAGUCCCGAUAAUAAUAAAAAAAAAACAGAGAGAGAGAUCGAAAAGGGAGAUAACAAAAGAAUGGUUUCUUCGCUUCUCAUGUCGUUUGCUCCGGCCACCGUGAGGGUUUACGCCACAACCGCAAAGGGAGCAUCAGGCGGCGCCAAAGAGGAGAAGAAUCCCCUCGACUUUGUGCUUGGCUAUUUGACAAAGCAAGAUCAGUUCUACGAGACUGAUCCAAUUCUCAAGAAGGUUGAGGAGAAAGAAGGCUCCAGAAGCGGCGGCACAAAAAGUGGCGGCACUAAAAGCGGCGGCACCAACGGAGGCAGAGGAACUGUUCGCGGUGGCGGUAAAAACUCGACUCCGGUGCCUGUACCGCCGAAGAAGAGCGAUGGUGGAUUCGGCGGCUUAGGUGGCUUCUUCAACAAAAAAUAAAAGAAAAUUUGUAUAGUACAGUAAUUUGCAUUGUUUAUGCCUCCCCGUUUUUAUUCUCUAUAAUUCUUCGGAUUUCAAUUAUAUAUAAACUGCUCUUUCUUCAUUUUAUUUGGCAUUU